GCGGUUCGCCUUUGCGGAGCGAGGCGGUAUUUGUUUGGGGACGGCGUGUGGGGAACAGUGUGCGAUCGUCGUGGGACAAAAACGGCACCCGAUCGCAUCCAGGCACGCAGUCGACGGACAACCACGCUACGGUGAGGUUUUGGUGUAAUCUUUUGUGCGCUUUUAAAUUGUUCGUCAUUAAAACCCACGGCGAUGGCGGCUUGCAAGAUUGAUCUGACGCUCGAGAACGGCUACAAGAUGCCGGCGCUGGGAUUUGGAACUUGGCGGGCUCCGGACGAUGAAGUGGAGAAAGCGCUAAAUGAAGCCCUCGAAGCAGGAUACCGACACAUCGAUUGUGCACCGGUGUACCUAAAUGAGCCCACGAUCGGACGAGUGCUGCGCCAGUGGCUCGACAGCGGCCGGGUAACGCGCGACGAGCUGUUCAUCGUUACCAAGCUGCCCCCACACGGCACUCGAGCGGCGACGGUUGAAAAGUUUCUCAAACGAUCGUUGACCGAUCUUCAGCUCGAUUACGUCGAUCUCUACCUGGUGCAUGUGCCGUUCACCGUGCCCGAAGUGGACGGACCCUUCCUGACCGACGCCAACGGGGAGCUGGUGCUCGAAACAACGACGGACCAUGUUGCCCUGUGGAAGAGCAUGGAAGCGGUCGCCGAUGCCGGUCUCGCACGCAGCAUAGGCGUAUCGAAUUUCAACCAGCGGCAACUACAGAGAGUGCUGGAUAAUUGCCGAAUUAAGCCGGCCAACUUGCAGAUCGAAAACCACAUCUAUCUGCAGCAGAACGAGCUGGUGAAGUUUUGCAAGGCGAACGGAGUUACUGUGACCGCGUACUCACCGCUCGGUUCGAAGGGAAUUGAAAAGCUGCUAAACCGCGAGGUACCGGACUUGCUGGACAAUCCGGCGGUCAAGGAAAUCGCCCAGCGAACAGGGAAAACUGCUGCUCAAGUGCUGCUGCGUCAUUUGCUUCAGCGCGGCAUAGCGACGAUCCCGAAGAGUACCAACGCGGACCGGUUGCGCCAGAACAUUGCGCUGUUUGAUUUUGAGCUGUCUAGCGACGACAUGGUGAAGUUGAACGGGCUUGAUCAGAACAUACGCAUCUGCGAUUUUGGAUUCUUCCCGGGCAUCACCAAGCAUCCCGAGUUCCCGUUCAUAGUUGCAUCUUGAAGCCAACGAGGCGUAUCUUUUUUUUAUUAUUAUCCGCUAAUCAUACACUAAUGUUAGUAGUAACAAUAUAAAUUCGCUUUGGAUAAGAAAACUUAAUACCACCUAAGCCUGCUUAUCGCGCCAGACGCGAAUCAACUUGCGAGCGUGCAAAAAUUUGCCGCACAGCUCCUGACAAGAGGAAUAUGACAUAAAUACAUUUCGUUCUGUGAGUAGUUCAACUUUUA